UCCAAUUGGAGUUUCCUUGGCAGCAAAGCCAGCAAGCAGUGGGCAUUAUUAUCGUUUUGUAUCCAUUUGCCAGUGAAGCAUUCUCGAUCUUCCCUUCUCGUUAGGGUUUACGCUUCCUCAAUCCUCAAUCCUCAAUCCUCAAUGGGGGUUCUCGUUCCGCUCUUCUUCUACGUCGCCGCAUUCUUCUGCACCAUUGCAGCUAUCGCUUUGGCCGUUCUUCACAUCUACAGGCACCUUCUCAAUUACACUGAGCCCACCUACCAGCGCUUCAUCGUUCGGAUUAUUUUCAUGGUCCCGGUUUAUGCACUAAUGUCAUUCUUGUCCCUUGUAUUACCUGAGAGUUCAAUCUAUUUUAAUUCUAUCCGGGAAGUCUAUGAAGCUUGGGUCAUUUAUAAUUUCCUGUCACUGUGUCUGGCGUGGGUUGGUGGUCCUGGAGCAGUUGUAAUAAGUGUGAGUGGUCGAGUUCUGAAGCCAUCAUUGUGUCUGAUGACCUGUUGCUUUCCUCCUAUACCGCUGGAUGGGCGUUUCAUACGUAAAUGCAAGCAAGGAUGUCUGCAGUUUGUGAUUUUGAAGCCCAUUUUAGUUGUUGUUACCCUUAUACUUUAUGCAAAGGGAAAGUAUAAAGAUGGAAAUUUCAGUCCAAAGCAGUCAUACUUGUAUCUUACGAUCAUUUAUACAAUCUCAUAUACGAUGGCUCUCUAUGUUCUUGCUUUGUUUUAUGUGGCAUGCAAGGAUUUACUUCAGCCAUUCAAUCCAGUUCCAAAGUUUAUUAUAAUAAAAUCUGUCGUGUUCCUGACCUAUUGGCAGGGUGUGUUAUUCUUCCUUGCUGCAAAGUCGGGAUUCAUUAAGGAUGCUGAUGAAGCUGCCCUACUUCAAAAUUUUAUCAUUUGUGUUGAGAUGCUUGUUGCUGCUGUAGGCCACUUUUAUGCAUUUCCAUACAAAGAAUAUGCCGGUGCUAAUAUAGGUGGAUCCCGUGGUUUGACAGCUAGCCUAGGGCAUGCUUUGAAGUUAAAUGAUUUUUACCAUGAUACAGUCCACCAGUUUGCACCAACAUAUCAUGAAUAUGUUCUCUACAAUCACAGCGAAGGUGAGGAAGGAGCAAGGAAGUACAGGUCACGAACUUUUGUUCCAAUGGGCCCAGAGAUGGAUUCUGUGAGAAAAAAUAAGCAUAUGGUUGGAAACAAGUUAGAUGACAUACAGCUCUCAAGUUUGUCUUCUUCUUCUAACAGUAGCACUCCCUCAAAUUCUGGUUCCACACCUGAUGCUCCUGAUGCUUCAAAUUCUGAUGCAAUGAAAUCUUCCUUGCUCGUGGAGAUGUCUGAUUCUGGUUCUUUACCAUAUGACUUGACCCUCAUCGACUUGGAUGUAUCCAGUUACCCUGAAGAAGUUCCUGCGGCUGACAAAGCUGGUGCAAGGUGACCAUGAGGAAUAUUUGGAGCUAGAUUCAGUGGGAAAUAUGUUGCCUCUAGAGAUUAGAUGGGCAUCCAACAUAUUUUCUGUGCUUGGAAAGAACUAUGAUUGUGGUUUCUUAAAUCCUGGGAAAGGAAUUAAGCAGAUCUUGAGCGACCAUACAUUUGUGUAAACUACCUUAAAAGUCUAGGCAGCCUCCAAAGCAAAACAGUUCUUGAUAUGGGUCUCUGCCUUCAUACUGUAAUUGUCACUAAUGGUUGCGUGUCCUGUGUGUAAACUGUAGAUAUAGAACUUGUUGACAUGCCUCGAAGUUAAAACAUGAAAGAUACCAAAAGAAUUGAUUUAGAAUUAUUUGAUUCUUUUCUACCAUGCACCAUGAAGAUACUGGUUCUUGUUGGUUUUAA